GGCAGAUGUCGAGGCCGUACUUGCGGAUGAUACCACCACCGUUGCCGCAGACACGGCUGUAGGUAGAGCAUAGCAUGUCAGUAUUGGUGUUCUCAUCGAUCCAAAUUUCUCGAUUGCGGCGCCCAUCGAUUUCCUCUCGCGCCUUUCCGUGAGUGAUCUAUGGUAUCUUUCGCAGGUACCCUGCCCCGUCUUCGUUCUUGCGUUCGUCCAGCCCCAACAAGUCGUCCACGUCCGCACUUGUUCUAAAGAAACUCACCACAGGCGCCCUCCCUUGGCGUGCUUGCGAGAGUGCGAGAACCAAAUGUUGUCGUGAGCCAUGUUGUGUUAUGGACUGUACGAUAACGUCGUUAGUGACUGCUUCCGAACUAGUGUGUACUGGUUCAUUCCUUCCUCUUUCCCAUUAUGUGUCCCGUCCUUUCCUUCCGGAUUGCGUCCCUCCUCUCUCUCAUCAUGGUCUUGGACCCUCGCAUAGUCCAUUCCCGUCAGAAAUCCUCCUACCCAUCUUGCAGAGCGAGUCAUAAUAGACACACUGCUACAGAGAGCAUGGACGAUUCCACUUCCGUCGUGCCCAUGUCCUGUUGCAAUCACCAUCGCCUGCCUGUUUCACCAGCACCCUUUUGAUACAUCGCUAUAUCGCCCUCGCGUCUUCACUAAGUCUCUACUCCCAUGCCUGGUUCCGCCAUCCGCGUCUCUGCUGUUCCACCCUCUGCGAACACUCCGCUUCCCGCUGUAUCGAUAACAAGCCAAUCGGACAUGAAUGCUCACCUUUGGGGGGGUUUUGACGAGAGGGC